UUUUCAACCCCACUUCUUAUAUCCAUCAAAUCCACUCCCCUAAAAUUCCACUCAAUUUCUCAACGAGUUACAGAAACAAGACACCAAUAACUCUGCAAAAAUUGUUCAGUCUCUUUCAGUUAAAUUAUCUCCAUUCAUGCUUUAGUCCAAAAAACCACAGCCCCAUGCAUCUUUUCUUUGCUGGGGCUGUAAUUUCUAACUUCAACAACAUACUAAAACAAGAAAAUUUUUAGUGCUACAAUAAACCCUAGCCAUCAUAGAAUUUGAAAAAAAAAUAAUACUAAGAUGGUGUUCAAAGGUCGAUUUUUUUCGUCCAAGAAAUCGGAUUCCUCUAGCCCAAAUAGUCCAAGAUCCAGUGGUUCCAAUUCACCAAUCCGAUCCGAUAAUAAGAAAAAAGGUAAGUCUACUUCUAAGGACAACUCUCCAAGCACACCCACUCCAUUGUCUAGUUUUACUAGCUUUAGAGACAAGAAAAAAGAUGGUAAAGGUAAAGAAAGUACGAGUUCUUCUACUCCGAGUAAGAAUAAUCUAGAAAAAUUCAGUACAGGGGAAGUUAAAGAAACGGCUAAGUUGAAGAAAGGUGUAACGGAUAGUAAAGAAGGUGGGGCUACUGGGACUACUGGGGCUACUUCUUUUCCGUUGUCACCGAUAAUGGCGUCGUCGUUGGGUUUGAAUAAAAUUAAGACACGAUCAGGGCCGUUGCCACAAGAGAGUUUUUUCGGGUAUGGGAGUAGAGAUAAAGGGAAUGCUUUGGGUGUUAGUAAUUUGUCGAAAACGGGUGGUGAUAAGCCGUUGAGUUCUGGUUGGGGAAAGAAGAAGGAUGAGAAGAAGUCGGGCCGGAUAGAUAAUGUGAGUAAUUCAGAUGGUACAUUGAAGGAACGAAGUCCGCUUAUACCUGGUCCAUCAAGGUUUCACAGUGGUGAAUCAUCUUCUGGAGCAGGGCAAUUCAAUUCAUCUUGGAGCCAUUCUGGAGGUCUCGGGGGCAUGGAUGCAUAUACUCCAGAAUUGAAGACAUCUUAUGAAUGUGAAAACCCAAAGGAGUCUGAAUCACCUCGCUUUCAAGCUAUAAUGCGGGUAACCAGUGCACCUAGGAAAAGGUUUCCUGCAGAUAUUAAAAGUUUUUCCCAUGAACUUAAUUCCAAAGGUGUACGGCCUUAUCCAUUCUGGAAGCCGCGAGGUUUAAAUAAUUUGGAGGUAAUAUAAUCUUU